AUGGCGGCACCCGAGGACGGGGAAGACGGGAAGAGGAAGUGGGCGAACAAGCACGGGAUCGCACGGGGCUUCCACUUCGUGCCCGACGACCUGGACCUCCUCGACAUCCUCGACGACAAGCUCCGCGGCCUCCUGACCGACCCCGCGCACGACGCCGUCUUCCACGAUGUGCGCAUCCUCGACUUCCACCCCGCCACGCUCUACGAGAUGUACGCCGAGGACGAGGUGGACGGCUGCAUCUACUUCUUCAGCAGGAGAGAGUUCCGGAGAGCCAAGAAGAAGAAGACAAUGCGCGCGGCGAAGUACGGCCAGUGGAAGGUCUUCGGUUCCUGCAAGACGAUUGGCGCCGUCGCCGUCGGCAGGAGGUACACCUUGGAGUUCUACGAGCGUAGGUUCGACAGCAGCAACAACCACUCCGUCAGAACCAACUGGUGCAUGCACGAGUUCCUCAGGAUCAUCGGGCCUGAAAACGAGGUUUCGGGUCUUGCUGUGUACCGCCUAUACAACAAGAUGGCGACGACGAUCGGCGAGGAGAAGGCGGAAGACAACCCCGUGGACUGUGCUAAGAACAUGAACCACCAUGGACAAGCGUCAGCGGCGGGCAUGGCUGUGCCACCGUGUGAGCUGGGCCGCUGGUACGCCUACGGGUACGAGUACCAGCCGCCGCCGAUGGAUUCAGCUGCUGCGAGCACGCUGGGCCACAAGGGCAAGCGCAAGAGCGAGGCGUCGGCGUCGAUGACCAGUACCGACCACGCCAGAUCAACGAACACUUCAGCGCCACCCUCUGCGGACUACCAGCCGCCGCCGCCGCCGCCUUCACUGCAGGGCACCGAGAACAUCUCCGGAUCCGGCGACGUCGUCGGGCAUGAGGACGAUUGGGAGCAGGUCUCCGUUGCCGAAGCCGACAACGCCGGAGCUGCUCGAGGGUGAUGAGUGGUGACCAUGGGAGCUGCUCCAGCGUUCUUAGUACAAAUUUCCACCAAAUUCAUAUUCUUCGACUCAUGAACUCGAUCUUUGCGUUCUGACUGUUUGGCUAUCACUUCACUAGUUCUACCGCAAUGCUGAUCUACAAUUACAAGUAAUGACCCUCAAAAAAAAUUACAAGUAAUGGGGCGUAAUGAUCUAUUUGUUGCUUUACAAAGUGCUGUUUGCUGGUUUAGAAAUGCUCGAGUAUAUGCUCGCUCUCUGCAUGAGUUUUCCCUCGCUGGAGCAAUCAUGUGGAGUAGUUUCAUAUGGGGAGUGGAUUUUAAACCCUCGAGUACAUACAUAUUAUU